CAUAUUGAACGCAGAAACGGCAAGAUGUGGAACAAAACGUGCCAAAUUUCUCCAAUUUUCUCCUUUUUACAGUAAAUUUUCUCGGUACAUUUGUGUUACUUUAUUCACACCAAUUGCAUAGACUUGGGAGAAAUCCAAAUCGCUAUGGCAGACGAAGCAGUAGAAGAGUACAAGUCGUCCUUAUCGGACCUCACGUUCAACAGCAAACCGCUCAUCAACAUGUUGACGAUGUUGGCCGACGACAGCCGACAACACGCAGCGCAGAUCGUCCAAGUUAUUGAAGCCCACAUUCAAAAGGCAAAGAAUAAUUACAAGCUCCCCGCAUUGUACCUGAUAGACUCCAUUUUGAAGAACGUCCUGAAAAGUACCUAUGCCCAGCUGUUUGCUCAGAAUAUUGUGGCAACUUUCAGCCAUGUUUUUGAAAAGGUGGAUGAAAAGACCAGGCAGUCCCUAUUCAAGCUUCGUCAAACAUGGAGUACGAUAUUCCCGACGCGCAAGCUGUACGCAAUAGAUGUACGUGUGAAUACCAUCGAUCCAGCUUGGCCAAUCACUGCAGCUGCUCCAGAGUCCCCCGUUGCAAGCAUACAUGUCAAUCCAAAAUUCAUCAACAAGGAAAAAGAAAAAGAGGAAGAAAAAAAGAAGACCGAAUCGGAGGAAAUUAUUGAAGCGAAGAUGAGGCAGCAGCUUAUCGAGAAAAAGGCUGAGUUACUGAAACUAGAGCAGGCACGCCUGGACUUCCAGCUGGCUGAGGCCAGGGCUAAGCUUCAGGAGACACGUAAGGGGCCUGCUAUAACAAAUACAACACCCUCCAGUUUGACUGCACCCAUCAUGAAAAGUGCUGAAAUCUUAUCUGCCAAGUCAAUGGCAUCAAGUUCUCCACUUAACUUUGGUGCUACAGCUCCUCCAGUGACAACUGCGUCGUCUGCACCGAGUCGCCGAGAUCCAAGAUUGUCCCGAGAUCCACGUAUGUCCCGUGAUCCACGCACAAUAGAGGCCUCGAAAUCUGGUGCCAGGACUACGACUUCCGCAUCUGUAAAGCCUGCAUCAACAGUGCAUGCCUCACAGCAUGGUGGUGCUCAUGGUUCAAAAACGCAUACCCCAACUCAUGGUUUUACACCACAACCACCUAAGAAGAGACCUAAUACUCCAAGUAACCUUCCUAAGAUUCCGAACAUUGAGCCUGCAGCACCGUCACCCACUUCGAAGUCAGCUUUUCCAUCACAGUCUAUACUGACAGCAAAGGUAGCCCCACAGACGGCUUCAAUUCCAACUCAACCUUCUCAGUCAGCCGCCUCAACAGCCUCUGUGAUGCCUGUAGUAUCUUUACCUGCUCAAGCAACAGUGGCGCCCAUUCCAACAUCUGGUGCAGCUGCAGCCGUUCCUCUUGUUAAUCAGUUGUUGAGCGGACCACAAGCUGUGGAGUUGCCAACAACUGCCCUGAAUCUUCUCGCUCAACUUCAACAAGCUCUCCUUCAAGCUCAAGUUUCAUCGCCAGUGCCACAGACAUCUGCUCAGCCAGUGCUACCAGCCCCUACAGUAGGAGCCAACCAGAUGCCAGGACAGCCAGUGGGAGCCAACCAGAUGCCAGGACAACCAUUGGGUGCCAACCAGAUGCCAGGACAGCCAAUGGGAGCCAAUCAGACCGCAGUAAGUCAGCCGAUGGGGGCCAUCCGGAUGCCAGGCCAACCGGGGGCAGGUAAUCAAAUGCCAGGUCAACAAAUGGGAGGUAAUCAAAUGUUAGGUCAACAAAUGGGAGGACAUCAGAUUCUUGGACAAUCUUUGGGACUUAAUCUGAUGGCUGGUUCUCAGUUGGGGUCCAUUCCAAUGCCAACUGAACCAAUGGAUGCUGGCAAGUACCAGGGUGUUCCCCCUCAAGUUCAGCAAGCAGUUUCUGAUCAUCUGGGGUCGCCAGACCGGUAUGCAACUGUGAGGCCACCAGUGUCUUCUGCAGUUCCGUUGAUGUCCUUGAAGACUUCUGCAUCAGAUACUUCUAUCCCUUGGCAUAAUCCUCCUCUGUCUCACACUGGCCAGAUAGUCCUUCCGCCGUCGGUACAGGAGCUACGUGAAGAAGCAGAAGAAGAGGGUCGAUUUUCUCCAGGUCCUGUAGAUUCCCCUAGGAGGCGAUCGCCACCCAAACAAGAUGUGGCAUCUAUUCCUAAACCAGCCCAAUCGAGAGGUGAUCCAAGGCAAUCGAAAUCUGCUACUUCUUUACAGAAGAAAACGAAUUUAAAAGAGACGAGAAAACCUGUAGCUGAAGACAAAAAACGUGAUAGCAGAGAUGAUAGGAAACGGGAUGAUAGAGAAGACAGAAAACGAGAUGAUAGAGAGAAACGUGAAGGGUCUAAAGAGUCUAGCAGUGGGCGUGAAAGCGAUCGUGAUUCUCGAAAUAGAGAUAGUGAAUGGCGCCGCAGGGAUCGUGAUCUUGACAGGUAUUCCCGCAGUGAUAGAGAUCGAGGUCGUUCUUACGGUAGUGGUCGACGCAGAUCACCGAGUCCGAUACCCAGAGGAGAAGGAAGUCGAAGACGACGUACUCGAUCGAGGUCAAAGUCAAGGUCACCUAAAAGCAGUAGUAGGUCGCCAAGGGGAGACAGAACUAGUAAGUCAUCAUAUGAUAGGGACAAUAGAAGUGACAAUCGCAGUGACGGUCGUCGUAGUACAAAAGUUGAUGAAAAGACGAAGUCAUCGAAAAAGGAUGAUAAAUUAGUUAAAAAGGAUAAGAAGGAAAUUGGGGAAAAGCCGGAUGAGAAAAAGUCUGUGGUUAAAAAGGAAAAGGGUUCUUUGAGAAAAGAAAAGGAAAAGGCAGAUGAUGUUAGGAAGGAUGAGAAGAAAAAAAGUGAUGUCCGAUCAGAUCAGAAGAAAAAGAAGGAAGUGAUGUCUACAAUGGAUGUAGAUUUGCGAAAAUUACCGAAACCGGAGCCGGUUACAGAGGAAGUCAGUAUGGAUGUUGACCUGCGACAACCAUCAGUUGAUAUGGAUAUUGUGCCUAAAACAUGUACAUACUUUGAUGAAAAAAUUGAAAAGACAGAGCCAGUUGACCCAGCGCCUAAUACAGACGUAGAUGAGAGGAUUAUAAAGGCGGAGCCACCUGUUUCUGAAACCGAAGAUUGCGAUCUAAGGGUAUUUGGGGAUAUAGGAAAAACAGACAUUGACACGGGUAAAAAUGGUGCUAGUGGUACUGGUUUUGAAGAAAAGAAAUCGAAAGAGGAAAGGAAAAAGGCCUUGGAUCGCGCUUUAGAAAAGCAACUGUCCGAUGUGGAUCACCGAGUGCCAAAAUCUGAACCAGCGGAAGAAACCCCCAUGGAUACAGGAGUUGAGGCAUUCCAGAAGAAGGAUUUGGAUCUGCGAAGCCACCCAUGGCAGUCUGGUAGCCAAGGAGAUGAAGACUUUGAUAGUCGAGCAUCUACUCCACUGAUGGAUGAACAUUCAGAACCGCCGGCGAAGAAGCAGAAGAAGGAUUUGGAUGAGAGGAGGCCGUCGGAAUCAACGGAGGACACUGGUGACCUUAGUGAUUUGUUUGGCGGUGAAGAUGUGGACUACCGCCAGCCCCCAAAACUCAAAUUAGAGGUCAACAUUCCCAUGUCGCAAGGAGACUUGCCACUUGAAAGUCCUGCAAAAGUUGGCUGGGCAAAAUUCAAGGCAAAACAUCCUGAAGACUUCUGCUUCCAACAACCUCAGGACUUGACUCCGUUGAAGACACCUGAUGCUUUUGGGUCAGGUGACGUCGACAUGCGGACACCACCGGCAUUCCCUAUCAGCAGCGGUGGACAUACACCGGUUUUGGAGCACCAGGAGGCGAUCCUAAGGAAGGCCGAGGAGCAGCUCAAGAGUGGGAAGAUCACCAAGGACCAGUACCACGAGAUACUUGAGCAGUUGGGUGAGCUCUAUAAGUUGAAGAUGAUUCACAGGGAGAUGAGGAUGAACAAUCAGGCGACAGAAGAUGGCGAAAAGCACGCAGUAUCCAACCAACAGGAAGGAGAACCAAGCAAUUUCCCGUCUGCAGAUGUUGAUGAAAGACGGCCACCUGCGUUUCGAAUCCCCAAAAAGAAGCCGGAAAAGUCAAAAGAUGUUGCUAAGAAAGAAAGGUCAAGAAAAAAGAAGGGAAAACGUGGGCAGAAAGAUGAGGACGAGGGGCCAAAGGACAUGGAUGAACGGCCAAUGCCUGUUUUGGAACGAGGCAUGGGGAGGCGAGAUGCUCCUAGAGGCAUUCUUAAAACAGGAGCUGGUCCAAGAGGCAUUCUUAAAACGGGAGAUGGUGCAAGAGGAGUUCUCAAGACUGGACAAGACAACUGGAGAAAUGAACGAGAUGAGCAGCAGGGUAGUAAACGAGGCAACCAGGGGGAGCAUCGGGAUGAGUCGACUGGUGACCACGAUAUGCGAAAGGGUGAUUGGAUGAAGACUAUGCCUUUGGCUCCAGACGGUAAUCCAUAUGAACUGGGCCGUGAUGGUUGGCCGCUCUUCCCCGAUGGAUCGCGCGUGCAGCGUGGACCGGAUGGACGACCAGACUUUCCCUUACCUAUGCCAGUCAGCCUGAUGGAUCUGAAAAUCAAGCCUCCUCCAGGACUUCGCGAUAUCGACAUUGAUAUGCCCAAGCAAGACUUUGAUGAAAGAUUUAUUCAUCAUAAUGACCGACCUCGAAACGAUAGGGCGGAUCGUCAGUUUCGUCCACAUGAUGGCCCAAGACAAGAUAGAAAUGAUGUUCCUAUGGAUGCUGACUGGAGAGGGGGUCCAAGAAAUGAGCGUCCUGUGGAUAACGAUUGGCGAAAAGACCGUCCGAUGGGCAAUGACAGGCGACAGGACCAAAGAAAGGACCGCCCAGGUGGUGGUGAUAGAAGACCUGAUCGAUUCAUGGGUUCUCAUAUGCGCAAAGAUGGCCUCAAUCAUCUCCCACCACAUAUUAAUCUGAAAAUGUUGCAACGGCAAGUCACCCUCCUUGACACAAAUCAAGAAGUUGUUAUUGAUCAGCGGCAAAUUGGAGUAAAGAUUGGCGCGCCACCACGACCGAUCUUUAUUAACAAAAAGAGGCAUUACGUCCAGGUCAGCAAACAGAUGCGUGAAGUAUUGAUUGACGACAAACCAUUUUACCGCAUCGGUGAUCCUCCAGCUGAUUGCAGACUCAAAGGGUACAGAUUCAAACUGUAUUUCCACGGACCAAUGAGGAGGCUGUGGAUUGAUCGUGUGCAGUAUGAUAUCCGACUUGAUGCGCCACCACAAAAAAUUCCAAUCAAAGGAGCGAUUCGUGAGAUUCGUGCAAACAGUUUUGAGAAUGUGCUUUUUAUUGACGGUAUCAGUGUAGGUCAAUUGGGUCAGAAACCGAAGAGUAUUAAAAUAGCCUUGACAAAGCAUGAGCUUCGCUUCGAUCCCCCACCAAAGGAAAUUGUGAUAGAUGGACAGCAGUGCCAGCUCAAGUUGAACUACCCUGUACCAGUCAUCAUGAUGAGAGGCAGACCACAUGGAAUGUGUUUCGACGGUCCACCAAGAGAACUGAUAAUUGAUGACCAGUCGUACAUGAUCGGGAUGCAUGAGCGAAAAACAAUUCGAAUCGGGAAACGUCCGCAUAUUGUCGGAUUUUUAGGUCCUGGACAUGAGCUCAUGAUAGAUGACCUGACACACGAGAUACAGUUCACCGGAGAGCCAAGAGAUAUUACCAUAUCUAAUCGCAUUCAUACAGUUUCAUUGAUUGGUCCGCCGCCCGAGGUGAAAAUAUUGGGGUCGAUACCUGUUGAUGAAAAGACUGGACGAUUGAUGUUCCUGCCUGAUUUGAUGGCAGACCACCCGCCAAUCAGCGUCAGCCCUGAGUCUGUUUCAGAUACAGAUCAGGAUCUAAAAGGUGUUUUGACAGCUGCGAUGAUGCAGCAACCAGAACAGAUGGUGCAGCCUGCAUCGAUGCCAGGCUUACAAUCCAUGAUACCUGGUCAGCAACCAGUUAUCCCAGGUGAGCAACCCAUGAUGCCUGCUCAACACCCAAUCAUGCCAGGACAACAACCCAUGAUGCCAAUGUCCAUAUCCGGAGCAAUGCCGUCUCAGCCAGGACAAAUGAUUCCCGGUCAGAUGCUGCCCUUGGGACAGGUGCCAGUCAGCCAGGCGGGAUUCUCCAUGAUGCAGAACCAAAUGAUGAUGCAGAAUGCCAUGAUGGGCCAGCCGACGGCGAUACCGGGAUUCAUGCCUGCAUCAACCCAGCAGCUAACCAUGCCAAGUGUAAACGCCCUACAGAAUGUCCUUGCCAAUGUGUAUAACCCGCAACAGGGGCAAUUCAUGGGCAACCCAAUGCUGAAUUUGCCCGGUGGUGCUGGACCUGGUGCCUUCCCUGGAAUUGCCAUGGUUGGUGACCAGAUGCAGCCGAUGAUGGGAAUGCAACAGUUCCCUGGCCUCGUCCCACAAGUGCCUGCCGCGCCCCAGCCUGCUGCUGCACCAGUCAUGGACAUCAAGGAUCUGUUCAGCAAACUGGUGAAGACCGGUAUGAUCAUCCAGGAUGAGGAGAAGAAGAAGAAGGAGAGGGAAGAAAGGGCAGGAAAGGAUUUGUACGACAAGGAGGGCAGAAUUAUUCCUGUUGAAAUUGGCGAGUCGGAAUCCCUGACUCGAGUCGAGAAAAUUGAUGAUCUUAUGGACCUACAAAUUCCUAAGCUAAAAAAGCACCAUAAAGGGGUUGUGCAUCGUCUGUACCUGGGUCUCCAGUGUAACUCGUGUGGUGUGCGCUUCAUCAUGGAAGAGAAGGACAAGUACCAGGAGCAUCUCGACUGGCACUUCCGGCUGAACAAGAAGGAGAAAGACGAGAUGAAAAUAGCCAAGUUUAGGAAGUGGUACUUCGAUAGUCAGGAUUGGAUUGACUUUGAGGAGAUACAGGAUAUUGAGGAGAGAGCUCGCAAGAACUUCUUUGCCCGAACCCACCAAGCAAUCCAAGAGGCGGGUGGUUCAGUAUUCCAGUCAAUGGCGUCCUCUUCACAGCCCGAGCAGAUAACCAGCUGUCCUGCUGCAUCGGGAGAUAGUGAAAAUGAUGAUGUGUGUGAGAUAUGUGCAGAUCCAUUUGAGCAAUUCUGGGACGAGGAAAGUGAAGAAUGGCACCUGAAGGACGCUAUCAGGGUCGAGGGAAAGACCUACCACCCUGUUUGUUAUGAAGACGCCAAGCUGACUUUGCUCACAUCGACUGCGACUCCAAUGGAAGAUGGCCAAGACCCUUUUUCAACAUCGUUCUCUGCAGCUGCCAGCCAGUCUCUCGAAACUGAAAAGGAAACUCCGUCACAACCAAUUGCAAUUAAAGAGGAGACUCCUUCUGAGGUCAAGAAGGAAAUUGAAGACAUACCUCCCACCGAAGAUGUUAAAAUCAAAACAGAACCCGAGACGUCUGAAGAGCAAACUAAGACUGAUGCUACUGAGGAGGUGUCUGUGCCCAAAACCAAUGUUGACGACGACACUGUAAAACUCGAGGAAGUUAAGGAGGAGCCGCCAUCAGCAGACGAGAUGGAAGCAAUGGAAGCUUCCCCCGGCACGCCUGUCAAAGACGAACCUAUGGAAAUGCCAGAGAGUCCGUCUCUAGAUAUGGCCAUUACAGGAUCGGAUGAUGCUAAUAAAACAACGGAGCAAGCCACGAACAUUACGACUGAGCAAAGUGUGCCAGUUGUGCCCAAGUCAAAACCUGUAGAGCAGUUCUUUGGUAAUGCUAUUGAAGUUCUUGGGAGCCAGAAUGUGCCAAUAGCAGUGAGACCUUUCUAUCAAGAACCGAUUGUUUUCCAUGUUGACACGCUUGAGGAUGGUGAAAUUACCGACUGAAGACUUUUUUGAACUCAAAGUGACAUUUUACAAAGCCAUCCAUCCUACACUGAAAUUACCGUAAUGUUUUCUUUUUGCAAGCGUGGUGAGAUACCCUCUCUCUUUGGAUGUAUUUUGAUAUGGACUAAAAAUCUUCCUGUAUUGAUUAAUUGUGAUUGCAUUGCAUGUUGCUUGUCAGCUGUUUUCCGUUUCAAAAUUGCAGCUGAUUGUUUUCUUACCAGCUCUUUCUCAUAACCUAGUGUGGGGUUAUAGAAGGCAAACAAUCAUUUCAGGAUGGCCUCGUUAUGAAAGACAGACAGUCACUUUAGUUAGGAUGGCCUUGUUCUGUAAGCUAACAUUUCGCUCUGUGAUAGAUGACAUUUUAGUCACAAGUCAUGGUUAUGAAUAUUAAUUGUGAAAAAAGGUAUGAUUCCUUAAGAUAAGGUGAAGUUGUGCUAUUAUAGUCCUGGUGCAAUUGUAGUGUAAAAAGCCACUUGCAGGACACAUUGAUGCACAUGAAUGCUAGAACUGUAUCACCUUCCCUCAGAUAUAGAUUGUAUGGAAGCUUUUCAAUGUGAUUCAUAUAUUCCAGUUCUGGUAACUUCAGGACACAUUCUGGGAGAUAUCUAUGGUGCACUAUAUUGUUCAUUCAAUAAAAAAAAGUUAGAUCAAAAGUAUGUGAGUAAGUUGGGAAGUUGUGAUAAUAAAGUUCUGGAUUUGUUUUUAGUUAAAGACUUUACCAACUUCAAGCGGUGUGUCAGAAAUAUUUAGUUGCAUUUAUUUUAUGGGAAUUUUGAGGUUUGGUAGCAGAAUCGUAAGAUUAAAUUUUAUUGUAUAUUGGGUAGUUGGGGUGGCUGUAGAAGCUGUUGAGAUUCUAUUUAAGGUUGUUCUGUUUUUCACUGGAAAUUCGGUACGGUACCGUGAUUCAUACUUCUUACAUUUAGUAAUUGUAGAUGAAUGUUAAGGCAACCUGGGUGAAGGGUGGAAUAUGUUCUGUUAUUUGUACAUGUAAAUAGUUCCUUUAAUGUUAUCUGUAUAUAAGUCUGUGCUGUACAGGUAGAUUAUUUCAAAAUGAUGGCUUGUACAAAAGUAGAUUUAGGGUUCUAUAUUCUAAAUAUAUCCCUCUGAAAUCUGGAGAAUAAAUGAUUAUUUUAUAUGAUGAA